CUUCUACGUAUCUGCCCUGUCCAGCCAAGGCUCUCUUACAAUUAUUCCUUGAUCAGCCCCCAUGAACAAUAAUUCCUUGAUACAGUGCGACCGUUAAGGCCCGCUGUUAUUCCACAGCAACCUUAAGCUACCAACCAGUAGCUUCCCAUCCAAGGCCCAAGAACCCGACGGAUGCUUUUACUGAGUUGUUAUCAGUAAUCAGUUCUAGGAGCAAGACGGUCCGUACCCCGUGAUCUGGAAACAAGAUGGUUAGUGCGUCUAAGAAGGAAUGGGCGACCCAUGAUGCUGCGUGUGCUAGCUGCCGUACACGCAAGAUCCGAUGUGGGAGAGAAAAGCCAAUGUGCGGCUGUUGUAUUCGAGAUCAAGUUGAAUGCGUGUAUUCGCCGGCGCUCAAAAGAGUGAACCACGUCAAAGUGCUGUCGCACAAUCUCGGUGAUAUACAGGACCGCGUGGUUAAGAUGCAAGGGGAGCUGUCUUGGCUGACGACUGCGCUUAAGAGGUCCAAUAUCGCUGGACAGCCCGAGCUUACCCUGCCGAGAGACGUCUCAAUAACCCAUGGCAGCGAAGAUGAGGUCGCUUCCAUCCAGGCCGGCCACGUAGAUCGCAAUGGUGUGACGCAGAUUGAGAGGUAUCAUGGCCCGAGGACGCUAGUCUCUUUAUGCCUCGACUUUGCGGCAGACCUGGCUUCGUGUAAUGGCAAUACCAACAACGAGGUUGUCACUGGUCUUGUCAAUCACUUGCUGUUUGAUUCUACCCGGGUUAACGAGGGCAGCCUGGAUCUUCUUGAGCCUGGAUCAGGACGAACAGAGCUUAAUACCUGCAAUCUCCCCCCCAAACAUCUGCUCUCUGUCAUGCUAGACAGUUUCGUCAAGCAGGCAGACUAUAGCACCAAUAUCUUCUGUCGUCGGAGCAUACAAGAGGCCAUCGAGCGCGUCUAUGAGGAGCCGUCGACUCCAGCAUCGGAGCCAUGGGCAUUGUGCUUCAAUCUCAUCAUACUGCUCACCCUGGGGUCCGAUAACCCCGUUCGGAGUGACGACCCUUUUGUACGGCCCAUGCUUCAAGCAGCGCAGGCCAUGGCAGAAAAACCAAGCUGCUUCAUGUCAACGCGCUUCGCCAACGUCCAGGCCUUAGCACUUUAUAGCCAUUUCGUACAGCAAUACCAUACUGAUAAUCAGACGCUGGGUGAUUCCCUCUUUGCUCGCGCUUGCGUUCUGGCUACGGAAUCGGGCUUACACCAGGCCGACAGCGACCUCAGCCCAGCCUCGGACCUCUCUGUCGUCGAGGCAGAAGAGCGGCAAAAGGUUUUCAGGUCCUUGUACAUUCGUGAUCGAUUCUCCAUGAUCGCAUAUGGAGCAUUGGCUUGGCUUCCGAGCGCGGAUCAAAGAGGUUCACAAACACCUGGCAAGUCGUCUGAACAGGGGGGUAUCGUAUCAAACCAGCUUUAUCCACAACAUACCCCCCACUGGAAGCUGGCCGGAAUCCAAGAUGAGCUUCGUUGUUUGCUAUACUCUACAGAUGCACCACCGGUGUCUAAAUCGGGGAGGCGUGUUGCACUUGCACGGCUGCAACAGAAGCUCAAGACAUGGGCAGAGACAUAUAAGAUCCCGUCGCCGAAUCGGCCCACCACCGUGCAUGAAAUAUCGCUCCAUCUCGCUUUUCUUGGUACACGCAUUCUGAUGUUGGAGAGUGAAAGUGAUACAGACGACGCUGCUUGCCCCGCCUUGGUGCAAGUGAUAGACGACGCCCGUCUGAGCUGUCUUCUGAUCGCCAUUUCAUGCAACCAGAAUCUAGAUCAGGCGUUGACGAGCCAAGUAGAUAGUUUGCUCAGCAAGACCCACUUUAAUUCUCCCAAAGGCUUCGGCACACAUUUGUGUCCCAGUGCGGCACUGCCAACAUCAGUUUCAUCAACCUCUACCUCUACUUUCCCCUCCGCGUUGGACGCACCACCGGGAAUCAGGCCUCCGAUACCAGGAGGCUCAAAUUUCAGCAGUGUCCAAGAUCCAAUCCCGACACCGCUGCCGCUGCACCGCAUUACGAAUGUAUUCCCUAUUGCAGCCAUCUUUGUGCUCGCAAGACACAUUCUCGAUAUAGACAAACGUGUCCCACCUUCUCAAUAUGCUCCAGCCGCAGUCCAGAGUGACAAGAAAAGGACAACCGAGAUCACUCACGAUAUCUUAUUGCUUGAGGCGCUACUCUUCUGCUUCCGCAGCAAAAAGCCGCCCUCUUCUAUAGCAGAUCAUGGGAACAUAAGUAGUGACACCCUAGGCUCCAAACUUGGUCGUACCAUACAGAACUUAGUAAACAUCAUUCAUGCCAGCAUGAAUCCGACUUGCCGCGUUGGCGCAGAUGAUGAUAACGAUGGCGAUGGUGAACAUGAAGAUGGUGACGACGACGACGACGAGGAGGAUACGUAUUCUUUCGAGCCUAUGCUUACACUGGAGCCCUCUCUACCUCCAGAUGCCUUCUCCAACUACAUGGGCAUGCCCGGUCCCAGUUCCUACAGCAGCAAUGGCAUAUCCCCAUCCCAACUGAACGUGCCAAUGCAGUCCCCGUGGGAUACACCGCAAGAUUCGAUGUCAAAUUCGUCUACUACGACGCCCAUGUGGUCGGCGCAGAAUUGGAUUUCUCUGGCACCUCUCAACCCCCUAUCGACUAUGAUGCCUGAAAGACAGUUCGACAUCUCGACUUUCAUGGAUCAGGUUGAGAGGUCGAAUGUGGAUGUACAGGAUGGAGGUCAGGAUCAAGGAUUGCCGAUGGAGCAACAGCAACAGCAGGUACAGUGCGUAUCUGAGCCGGCGAGGAAACGGCCAAGGAAGAGGCCACGGGCGAAUGAUCAUCAGGUUCAUGGAGACCACAGCUAGACAAGUCGUUCGUUUAGAACUGUCAGAUUAUUAGACUUUAGACUUAGUGACGUGCAGAAUUGCCAUUUCAUAUCCGUCACGUUUCACCGGUCAGCUAUGCUGUGGUUCGAGAGCGCAAAAACAGCUUAGUUUCUCCUACUACCUACCGUGAAGGCUGUUUUAUCCAAAUCUUCUGCUACUGAAUAGUCUUAGCUCAAGCGAGUCAAGCUGAGAGAGGGCGCUUGAAGCCUUAUCAAUAACAAUGCUAUUGGGAUGGGUGGGCGUUGAAAUCCUGGCUUACCCUAGUCAAAGCUGGAAUCUGGAGUGUGUGACACCUCUGAUGCGUGUCAUCGGAGCGGGUGUAUGCAUGGGUUCCGGAGAUUUAACACACAAAGGUACCAUAUUCAAUCUGAAAACAUGUCCACUUUAGUUCACAUCCUACCCUCUCCUUUAUGUGCUGCGAAAAGCAUAUUUGAUUGAAUUCACAUACAAAUUUGGAAGAACACGGUUGGUUGAAUGUUUUAUGGUCCGCCAAGGGACUUGGACUAAAGCGAGAAACGGAAGUACAACGCAAAAGCCAAUAUGUGAGAGAAAAAGCCCCUAAGGAAUGGGAGAGCUAGUCGAUCCUGCCACCAAACUUUUGAUCGACUUUUGGAAUCAUAGAAUAUAAGAGCUGGUGGUGUGCAAAGCUGGAUAUCAUCCCGUACUCCGACUGGCCACGUCUACGCUGCAGCGACAUGUUCGUCAACUCCCAACCUCCGACUGGCUCUCGAGCUCCUCCAACAACAUUCGAUCACGAUUCCUUAGCCCACUGUUUCCCACUCCAUAGACCGCCCGUUGUCCACAGCCAGUAAUCCCUGCCCUUGAUCAGCCACACCAUGAAGCUGGGCAGCUGGAACCCCAUGGCCGCGCCUACUCCCUUGUUCUUGCCAGUUGGCACCAUUUGCGUCUCCCGAAGGUCUGACUUGAAGACUCUAUCCUCUCCAACAGAGCUCUCCUCUCUCCCAGUGGCCAACAAUCGCUUAAUGUUUGCGCACAAGAUAGGAAUUGCAUCAAGGAUAAGAUGGAUAGCAGGCCUGCUAUACGAUCCUACAUCGCCAACGGCGUAAAUGCGCGGGCCGGCUUUAUUGAUACGCAAAGUAGAGGCAUUGGUAUCGACACGUCCAUCUGCUGUUAAGAACUCUUUGUUAAUGAAGCUGGUAUUUGGUAUAGUCCCUGUCGCUGGAAUGUAAAGGUCGGCUUCCAACGUUGAUCCAUUAUCGAGAAUUAAUUUUGCCUUGGUUGCAAUGCUGUCUGUGCCUGCACCUUCUGGGACUACCGUCUUGACUCGCGCGUUCUUAACCACAGUCACGCCGACCAUGGCGAGGAAUCCCUCGGCUUUUCUCGCAAUGCUAGGUCGGAGGGCGGGCAGAAGCUCUGAACCAGCAGUCACAACCGUGAUAGAGACCUUGGGGUUCGCUAAGUUGGCACCAGCUCGGCCGUUCAGGUACUCUCCGAGUUCGCCCGCUGUCUCGAUACCCGCAGGACCUCCGCCAGCAAUAACGAUGCUCUUAGCAAUCGGCAGUUAGGUCCGAAAUGCGGCCCAGGUUGUUCGAAGGAAAUCGUCGUCCCGGUUUAGACCGAGCAGUGGAGAAGGUGUGGAAGCGCCGGUUGCGAUGAUGAGGGCGUGAAAGGCUAUCUUCUCAGUAUUGCCGACUGCGAGGCUGACUGAGACAGUUCGCUCGACGUGGUCAAGCUCUACGGCUGCACCAUUGACAAAGCGGAAAUUGUUCUUGGGGUACUGCUCAAAGGCGUUUGGGAUGUUAACGAAGAGUUUCUUCUGGUCGACCAUGGUAUCCGAAAUCAACGCACGAGGGCAAGCGGGUCGACAUAUGACUUGUGCUGAAGGGCUGACCAAGACAAUUUGAUACGAUGAUCCCUUUCCGAGUGGGCAGUAGAAAUACCACUAUAAGAACCACCGAGGAUGAUAAUGUUCUUCUGCGAUACUAAAACUAGGGCGGGAGUGUCUGAUGACAUGUUGACAGCGGGGAAGGAAGUCGUGUCGUGUCGGUUCUGAGUGCUUGGCCGAGUAACUGUGAAUGUGAAAGCGUAGAAUUGAUAAUUGAAGCUGGUGGACGAACGGUGAGUGGGUAUGUGUGUGUGUGGUGCGAUGAGGCGGAGGUAGAUACAGGCAGGUGAGAUCGAGGUGAAUGGGUUUGGAAUUAAAAAUGUAAUGGAAUGCCAGCCCCAGCCCCGUCGCGAGAUUAAUGAGCCGAAGACAACGUAGGGAGGGGAGGUGCCAAAAGGCAGUGGAGGUGCCAAAAGGCAGUGGCAAUUAGCGGGCACCUGCCACCUGUACUUAUUGGCGGGAGUCUAAACCGAUUUGGCUGUUAUUACCCUUGCAUAGCACCUGCACCUGUCACCUCAUUCUGAGCUUCGCCGCUGCGGCGCAGUGACAGAACACCUCAUCGACAGACCGGGGCGCUCUGUUAUCUUCUGUUGUGUUCUGUUCUCUCCUCUUUUCUGCUCAGUGGUCCUU